AUGGAGGGCGAGGUAUCGACUGUUGAGACGGUGGAGGUCAAGGAGGCCAAGAUCGAGUUGACGCCGGAGCAGGAGGCCAAGUACGAGCUCAUCACUCGGGAUCUUGAGGAAAUCGUCGGCGAGAACGAUUUCCGCAGCAUCCUCAAGGAGGGCCGCGAUGUGCGCAUCUACUGGGGCACGGCCACCACGGGCAAGCCGCACUUGGGAUACUUCGUUCCCAUUUACAAGCUUUCUGAUUUCCUCGCUGCUGGCUGCCAUGUGACGAUCCUGUUUGCCGAUCUGCACGCCUACCUGGACAACCUGAAGAGCGAUUGGGAGCUGCUGAAGCUGCGUUGCGAGUGGUACGAGUUCAUCAUCAAGGAGAUGCUCACCUACAUCGGCGUGCCGCUCGACAAGCUCAAGUUCAUUCGCGGUACCGAGUACCAGCUCAGCGAGAAGUACACCAUGGACAUGUACCGCAUGAGCGCUCUCGUCACCACCGAGCACACCAAGAAGGCUGGUGCCGAGGUGGUGAAGAUGACCACGGCCCCGUUGAUGUCCAACCUGCUGUACCCUAUCCUCCAAGCGCUGGACGAGGAGUACCUCGACGUCGACGUUCAGUUCGGUGGCGUCGACCAGCGCAAGAUCUUCAUGUUCGCCCGCGAGAACCUGCCCCGCAUCGGUUACCGCAAGAGGGCUCACCUCAUGAACCCGCUCAUCCCUGGCCUCGGCGAGACUGGCAAGAUGUCUUCCUCCGAGCCCCUCUCCAAGGUCGAGCUGGAUGAGACGAAGGAGGCCAUCCAGCACAAGAUCAAGCAGGCCUUCGCCCGCGAGGGUGUGGCCCAGGGCAACGGUCUUCUCGCCAUCCUCAAGCACAUCCUGUUCAGGUUCCUCGAGAAGCACGACCGACCCUUCGUCGCGCCGCGCAUCGAUAAGUACGGUGGCCUCCAGACCUUCAAGACCUACGCCGAGGUCGAGGCGGCCUUUGUCCUGCCCGAGGGCGACAGCGGCAAGCUCAUGGCCGGCGACCUCAAGGGCGGUAUCAGGGACCUCCUCAACGAGUUCCUCCACCCUCUUCGCGAGAAGAUCAACGAGAAGGCCGAGCUCGCCAGCCGGGCGUACCCGCACCAGGCGCCCGUGGUGAUCGCCGUGAGCGGCAAGCCCGACGUCAAGAAGGCCGUCCCCGUCGCCGCGCCCAAGAAGGGAAAGGUCGCCACCGCUACGCUGGGUCCGCAAUCGCUUGAGGUGAAGGUGGGCAGGAUUGUCGAUAUCAAGAAGCACGAACAGGCCGACACCCUGUACGUGGAGCAGAUCGAUGUGGGCGAGGACAAGCCCCGCACCAUCGUCUCCGGUCUCGUCAACUACAUUCCCAUCGAGAAGAUGCAGAACCGUCUCGUGCUCGUCUGCACCAACCUCCAACCCGCCGCUCUCCGCGGCGUCACCUCCGAGGGCAUGGUCCUCGCCGCCACCAAGAGGGACAAGAAGGAGGUGCAGGGCCUCGACCUGGUGAACCCGCCCGAGGGCGCCAAGGUGGGCGAGACUGUCUUCUUCGAGGACGAUACUGCCGAGCCCGAUAGGCCUUCCAUCUCCAACGCCAGGUUCAAGAAGCUGCUCAAGGAUCUGCGCACGGAUGGUGAGGGUAGAGCGCUGUGGAAGGACUCGCCGUUCAUGACCUCGGCCGGCGUGUGCACCUCCACCGUCGUCGAUGCCACCAUCUCCUGA